GUCGUCCAGAUAUCCAAAAACUUCUUCACAAGCUGUCCCGGUUUUAGUGUUAAAUAAUGCUUAAUAGAAAUCUACAAAUGUCAGCUUGUGACCAUAUCUUUCUACUGCCUUUUUUUUAACGUAGAAUAAACGCAUUCUUGCUACCGUCACUUAGAAGGAGAGUGGAACGGUUAUGUUGGUUUCACCGAUCUUACGGCCCAAUGUCGACAUUCGGAAGUAUAGCAUCAUCCGAACGAAUAUUGGACCGAGUCCUUAACCCCUGUAUACCACCGGCAUACCAACCAAAACCCGUGGUGGCCUCCUUCGGCGCAUACGGUACGGCCCCGGAGUAUCUUGUUUCAUUCAUAGCUGCGCGAAACCGUCCCUCAUCUUUUUACUGCUUGCCUUCGAAGACGUCCAAGUUAAGCAUACGGCAUAGAUGGUACGCAGCCGAGAAGCUUCCGUCGUCUGUAACCUCAACAUAAUAUAGCAAUAUGUAGUGUUACCAUGGUAACCGCGGCGGGUCGUCGCCACCCUGUUUGCGAGACCAACUAGAGUACACUGCACACGACGCGGCCGAUCCAGCAAGCACAAUCGCCGGCAUGACUGCGCACCCUAUGCUGCGGGCUUUAGCUCGACUUACACAGCACGCGAGAGUGUCCGGGCGUAAUGCAUCGGCCUCUUGCUCGGGCGCGGACCCACCAGCCCCGCCGCCCCCCUGCACGCCGCACCCGCGCCCGCCGUGCCGCGCCCGCCCUGAGCGCACAGUGCGCGCGCUGCGGGUCGUAUGCUGUCCCCCUGCAAGUGGACAGCGACCGCCGUGUCCGCCAAAGGAGCAAACACCCUCGGUCACUUGCACAGAUACCUCUAAGGGAAAGACUUCGAUGCACUCCGGCUUACCGCGCUUGAAAGGGGCUAGUGUGCCAUUAAAUUGCGGAAGCGACAGCCAUGGGGAGUGUGGCGCGGGACAAGAUCGUGUGGCACGACGACUAGCUCUAGCCAAGGCAGUGCGCCGAAAAGACUACGAGUGCGAGGCCGCGCUUCCCCGAGACAAAGUGCAUACCGUUCCAAGGGCGGAGUACAAACUGGGUUGCGAGCGCGAGUGUGCGCGAGCCACUGACGGCCGCGAUUACUCAGUUCCGUGCGAAUGUCCCGAACGUUCCCAGUCGUGCGGUCCUGCGCGCACGCCGCCACCACCACGCUGUGUCGAACUGGCCCCGGACGAUGCCUGUCGCAUCGAAACUGGCGCGCAUCUGGACCCGUGCGCUCACCGACCGCGCGUGCUGCUCCAAAUCGACCGCUCCGCACCUUCAAGCGACACUACUAAGUGUGAACCAUGCCCAUCUCCACGCACUUUGAAAUCACGGAUCAUGGAAUCAUUAAAACCUCGACCUGAUACAGGGCCCAAUCCAAUGACAUCUAAAGGUAAAGGGAGCCCUCAGUGCGGUCGCCGUUAUCUACACGUCUCAGCGCAGUGUCUUAGCAAUGAAUGCGCUCCGUAUAAAGUUGCGUCGGUAGGAAAGGAAAAAAUAUCUGGUAGUUUAGAAAGCAUGCUACAGGAAAGAGCCAAACUAAAUGAGGCAGGACAGGGGCGCGCUGUUUGUGGGGCGUCGACUAAAAAACGCAAUUGUCCCAGUGUAGAAGUAGGUGGCCAAUUGGAACUCCCAGUACCGAGUGGAGCGCGCCGCGUGCGUGUUCACGUGGGGAUGGAAGACGAGUGCGGGGCGCCACUGGUGGUGGGACCGGAGGGCGCUGCACGGGGCCAAUGUGAUGCCAUGAGCGAGACUAAGGCCUCUUGGCUAUCAAUUAAAAACAUACAAAAGAAAUUUAGUGGAAACAAAGAUGAUACAGUUUCAAAACGGAAAGGAUGUGAUCAGAAAACCGGACCAGUACCUAGUAAUCCAUGCGCUACACCGCAAAAAAAUCCUGCGCCGCCCGCCAAGCUGCCACCACGAAAUCCGUGCGCGCCGAAACCGCAAAAACCGGAACCGUGGCCGCCAAAAUCAUGCCCAACAAAUCCGUGUGCGCCUAAGAAACCUCAAAAAGAAGAAAAAGAGAAACCGAAGCCGGUAUGUCGCUUCCUGCCGCUAGGGUUGACAGCUGCUCCGAUACCCUGAACAUUUAUAUAGAAGAAUGGUAUGUCGUCGUGCCUGCGAGUGUGCAUUUGAUUUAGAAAAUCAAUAAAAUUUUUAGUUUCUUCUGUAAA